CAGCCAUGUGAGCGCAGCCACACGACAUCACAUCAACGGGAAACUGAGAUCACCAGGACCAGCAGAAUAUCCUCACACACUGCUCUCUGACUGGAAUGUAAUUUCGGCGACAUCCAGACAACCUUUUUAAUACAUUUGGAUUUCUUUGGAGAAACAGGUUUGAUCGUUUGAUGGAAUAGUUAUUAUUUAUUUAUUUUUAAAGUGGGUAUUUAAGUUAAUUCAGAAGUAGUGGUCUAGUUGUUUUGUAGUUUAGAUCACUGUAAUUAGCCUCCUAGCUGUACAGUAAAUAGACCACAGUGGGAUUACUGUGUGGGGUCCGGUCAGGGGCUGCGGUGCCCAGGACAGCCUCACGCUCCGGCGGUGCUCGUGGAUUCCUCUCAGCGGUCCGCAGUUACCGGAGGGCAGCCGGUGUCAUCGCAUUACUUUGGUGAAUCACUCCCACUUUCCACCUUUUCUCCCGCGUAACGCUGGUGGCAACGAGCCGGCGUAAACAUGCUACAAAAUGGAAACGAAAAGGAGAAACCGCUCCAAGCGCCGAAGGCAGAGCUAGAGCCGGACUCCCCGGCUGACGAGCCGACACAGCAGCAGCAGCAGCCGCCGCUGCCGGCUCCCCCCGCUGCUGACGGACAGGACGCCGGCAGCGAGUCCCCACACUUCCCCCUGCCCGAAUAUCCCAAACUGGAGAUAAAGCGCAACGCAGUGACGGACGAUUACAAGAUCUCCAGUCAGGUGCUGGGCUUAGGGAUCAAUGGCAAAGUCCUGCAGUGUUUCAACAAGAAGACUGGACAGAAGUGCGCACUGAAGAUUCUGUACGACUGCCCCAAAGCGAGACGAGAGGUGGAGCUCCACUGGCGAGUGUCAGGAGGGCCGUACAUUGUUCGCAUCCUCAGCCUGUACGAGAACAUGCAUCAUGGGAAGAAAUGCCUGCUCAUCAUCAUGGAGUGUAUGGAGGGAGGAGAGCUGUUCAGCAGGAUCCAGGCCAGAGGAGACCAGGCCUUCACUGAGAAAGAGGCUUCUGAGAUAAUGAGGGACAUCGGCACGGCCAUUGACUUUCUCCACAACAUCAACAUUGCGCACAGAGACAUCAAGCCAGAGAACCUGCUGUACACCACUAAAGAAAGGAAAAGUAUCCUCAAAUUAACAGAUUUUGGCUUUGCUAAGGAGACCACUCUACACAACCCUCUUCAGACCCCCUGUUACACACCCUACUAUGUGGCUCCUGAGGUCUUGGGCCCCGAGAAAUAUGACAAGUCAUGUGACAUGUGGUCUCUAGGCGUCAUCAUGUACAUCCUGCUGUGUGGCUUCCCUCCAUUUUACUCCAACACAGGCCAGGCCAUAUCUCCAGGGAUGAAGAGGAGAAUCAGGAUGGGCCAGUACGAAUUCCCCAACCCGGAGUGGGCUAUAGUGUCACAGGAAGCAAAAGAUUUGAUCCAUCAGCUACUGAAGACAGACCCCAACGAGAGGAUGACCAUCACUCAGUUUAUGAACCACCCCUGGAUUAAUCAGUCGAUGGUGGUUCCCUCCACUCCGCUCCACACCACCCGAGUUCUGACUGAGGACAGAGAGAUGUGGGAGGAUGUGAAGGAGGAGAUGACCAACGCCUUAGCAACCAUGCGUGUGGACUAUGACCAGGUGAAGAUCAAAGAUCUGGACACCUCCAGCAAUCCACUACUCAACAAGAGACGCAAGAAGGCCGCCGCGGGGGCCAAGAGCGGGUCCACAGUCUGCCAAAGCCAAUGAGACCCAGAGGACUGUUGAUGUUAAUCUAGGCAGAACUGCCAGUGACAGAAAACCAGCUCAGGUGGUCCUCAAGAGGAAGGGGAAGUUGAAUUGUGCAGAAAAGGAUCAUGUUAGAGACCUGCCUGGGAAUCUUGAGAGACGGGUUUUUGAGGAAAAGUUCCUCGAAUUAAAGGGACAACAUAGGAAGAACAGCAAAGUCAGAGUUGGACAUUUAUAAGACAUUUCAAGACCUGUUUUUCCUGUCAGACAUCAAAAGCUCUGCUCACUGUGGGCCUCAUCAGUUUUGAAUUGUUCUUCUAUACAUAUGUAUGUAAUUUUUAGAUCUUGCCUGUUUCUAAGCGUGUCUGUGUGCAGACCUGAGGUACUUGUAGUGAUCACGUGUUGUGUAUUUGAGUGCUUGGCUGAGGUCUUCUUUGUAACUGUGCACUAGUGUGCAAAUCACACACACACACACAGACAAACCAACUCUGGACAGACUGUGAAACUAGAACACACACUAUUACCUGCGUUGUCUUAAAUAUUGUCUGUCUUCUGCUUUUAUGAAUUAAAGCAAAGUCUGACACUGACUGUCUUGUCAAUAAAAUCACCCAGGGGAGUAUUUUUCAUCCAAGCAGCAAUAAACAAUGCACAUCCUACCGAGCAAUACUUUUAAUCAGUGUCACUGCUGCUGAUCUGUCCUCUUGAUGGAGUUCUGAGAGGCAGCGCUCUGCUUCCUUUCAGUGUGUGAGGCCAGAGAGCUUUGUGCAAGCGGCAGUGGGGUAAUGGCUGGCCGUGCUACACGGAUGAGUUGUGACACUUUCUCCGUGUGUGUGUGUGUGUUUAUGGGGGUUGAGUAUGAUGCUUCCUGUAAAUAAGGGCUACAGUUUCACUUCACAUUCAGGGAGACAGUGCAGCCUGUAAUCAUGGAAAACUCAUCUGUAAGGUACAACUGCUCCAUGUAGAGACUGUACUUGUCCAUACAGCUGUAAAUAAACCUUUAUAAAGUAUA